CAGAAGGGAAUUUUCCCCGUGAAGACCCUCCACCGGGAGUCACCGCUCGUCGGGUCUCCGUCUCCUUCUCUCCCCCCUCCCCCGAAUCAGAGCUCCGACCUCCGAAGUCGCGCUCGGCGGCUGCGCUGCCCUGUCACCUCGAGCAAGCAAGGGAGAUGUCUCUAAUCCGAAUAGCUUUUUCUUUGGUCCUCCUCCUCGCCGUGGCGGAGUCCGCGGCGGCGACGCGCUCACCGUCGGCCUUCGUACAGAACGCCAUCUACUCCAACCGCAUCACCAUCUUCUCCAAAUCCUACUGCCCGUACUGUAUGCGUGCUAAGGGAAUAUUUAAAGACCUCAAUGAAAAUCCUUACGUUGUUGAACUUGAUCUCCGAGAGGAUGGCCGAGAAAUUCAAGGUGUUCUUCUAGACCUAGUUGGGCGCAAUACUGUGCCACAGGUGUUUGUAAAUGGCCAUCACGUUGGUGGCUCAGACGAUACGAAAAGUGCUCUUUCGAAUGGACAGCUUAAAAAACUGCUUGGUAAGAUUCAGUCGCAGUGAUGAUGACUGCCGAAGCUUUGGUAUUGCCCAAAAAUUGUGAAAUGUCUAACAUGCGGUGUUCAUUACGGGACGAAUGAAACCUUGCUCCCUUUAGAAAUAUGACCAGAUUGUUACAGCUCAGGCUUCUUUUUUUCUUUUUUUUUUUGCUUGGAAGUGUUGUGACAAAAAUCCACAUGCUGGAUUGUAUGAAUUUCUCAAGUGCAUAUACAUUUAUCUGUUGUGCCUGUUUUUA